AUGGGUAAACCUGGGCGCGCCGUAUGCAUUGUCACGCCUAUGCUGCUGGCAGCAGCGUCUUUGGUUUGCUUUCUCACCGUCAGCCUGGCGCAGGUCUCUCCUGGCAGCCACAACACUCUGCUCCAGCGAAAGCUCUACUUCUUCAAGGCAGACACGAGCAGCAUGCUGCUAACCCCCCAGGGCUUGCUGGGUAGUCUGCCUGACAGCCUGCCUGACAGCCUGCCCGACGUCCUGCCCGACGUCUUGCCCGACAGUGUCCUUGGCAUCGAUAUCCCUGACGCCCUUUCGAGCGUGGCAAAGUCCGGGCAUCUCAAGGACUUCUAUGCGGUGGGCCUUUUCGGCUACUGUGAGGGUGAGACAGACACGCAAACUGGGAUGGAGACGGUGACGCACUGCAGCGCUUGGAAAAUGCCAUUCUACUUUGACCCCGUGGCGGUCUGGCAGCUGGAGGAUACAGGCAUGCAGGUCAUACUAGGGGACAAGUUUACCCACGGCUUGAAGAUAUACCGGAAAAUGGUAGAGGUGAUGCAGGGCGCCUUCGUAACCGUGCUAGCGCUGAGCGUGUUGGAGUGCGUGGCGGGCAUGUUUGCUGUGAAGAGCAGAUUGUACAGUGCAUUGGUGGCCGCGGUGUCCUUUAUACAGGCUGCGAUUGCUAUUGUGGCGGCAGUGGUCGCGACCGUCACCUAUGUUGCGCUGACGGGCGUGUUUGAAUCGGUCUUGCGCCUAUACAACAUUGAGGCCACUUUGGGCAGGGACUUGUUCUGUGUUCUCUGGGUUGCCGUUGCCUUUUCCGUCGCAUCCGGCUUCUUCUGGCUGCCGAGUGUUUGCUUUUGCUCUGGCAAAUGA